AUGUGUCUAUUCCCACAGGUCAAGCAUCAUUGCGGUCACACAACUUUGAUCAGCCAUGCGAAGAGCAUCGUUUUGUGCGACCAGGCUCUUAUAUUCGUGAGGCAAUACUUUGAUCGAGCACCGGCUUUCUGUACCCCUUUGGAUGACGAUCUAGACAACGAGAAUAUGAUCUUGGAUUUGUCCGAGGACUAUUCCUGGUGUCCGGACUGCCACGCUAGACAAGCCACACCGGCCUGUGGUGAUCAAUCGGACCAGACCUGGGAGGCUGCAUGCCUGCAGGCUUACAAAGCGGAUCUAGCAAAGGUGUUAAAACAAGUCGAGAGGGAUUGCCAAAUCAUUGAAUAUGACCGGAAUAUGCCAGCCAUCGUAAAGGCGAUUCAGCACCCUUGGCUACGCGAAAUGCUUCAAAUCAACAGCAAGGGUUUCUUUGCGCUCGGCGAUGCCGUGAUAGAUCGUGUGCAUGAUGUACAGCGGAACAUCGAAACAGUGCUUGCCAAGUGCAACGCAGGUAUCCCCACCCACUCACUCCACAUCGAUUUCUACGCUACGGUGCGUAAGUACGACGAUGCUUGGUUUUUGAUGGAUCAUUUCCUUCUGAUUACCGAUCUUCUGAAUUAUAUCUCGAAGCGCAAUGAUUAUCACAAUGAGCUCUGCAAGCAGGCUGAAAUGUGUAAGUCGUUGCUUGAAGGGCCGCAAGAGGCACCGCAAGGUCUCCAUUACUUGGGGCGGGGCUUCAAGACUCCGGAAAUGUUCAGGCCGAAGCGCAAAUCUCAUACCCGACACGUUCAAUGCUUCGAGAAAUUGGCUCUUGAUGACAAUUCUGCAGGCAAAGACUACUAUGCAUCGGCCUUGUCAAAACUACUUCAGCAGUCGGAUGUACUUCCCUUUCGACGCCGUGCAUCCUACAAGGGCCCGUCGAAGUAUGUGAACAAGAAGUGCAGCCCUCCACCAGCGGUCAAGGUGAGUGCUUUGAGCGGCGAAAUUCGUGCAAAAUUCGGUGAGCUGGAAGUGCACUAUUUCAACCAGGUUUCAAAAAAAAAAAUUGGUUGA